AUGUCGUCCCAACCCAACAAUGCGGCCUUUAAGCUGGAGAACCUCUUCAGCAUGAAGGGCAAAGUCGCUCUGGUCACCGGUGGCGGUUCCGGUAUUGGCUUGAUGGCCACCCAGGCCCUGGCCGUCAACGGCGCCAAGGUCUACAUCACCGGCCGCACCAAGGAGAAGCUGGAUCGGGUCGUCGAGGUCUAUUCCAAGGAUAUCCCCGGCGAGAUCAUCGCCAUCCCCGCCGACGUGACCUCCAAGGAGUCCAUCCAAAAGCUGGUCGACGAGAUCUCCGCCAAGGAGUCCAAGCUGCACAUCCUCAUCAACAACGCCGGCAUCAGCUCCACCAAGCAGGAUGUUGAAAAAUCCUCCCCCGAAGAGCUGAAGCAGGAACUCUUCCACCACACCAGCUCCAUCAGUGACUGGGAAGAGGUCAUGCGCACCAACGUCAUGCAGAUCUUCUUCGUCACCACCGCUUUCCUGCCCCUGCUGAACAAGGGCACCGAGCAGACCCCCGGCUGGUCCAGCACCGUCCUCAACAUCACUUCCAUUUCGGGCAUUGUCAAGGUCUCCCAGCAUCACUUCGUGUACAACACCAGCAAGGCCGCCGCCAUCCAUUUGACCAAGAUGCUGGCGCACGAGAUUGCCGACUCGGGCGUCAAGAUCCGUGUCAACAACAUCGCGCCCGGCGUUUUCCCCUCGGAGAUGACCGCCAAGGAAAGUGACGACAAGCAGAAGAGUGCUCUGGAGAAGGAGAAGUUCGAGGGUAAAGUGCCGGCCGGUCGUCCGGGCAAGGACGAGGAUAUGGCCAGUGCCGUGCUCUUUGCCACCUCCAAUCAGUACUUGAACGGCCAGACCGUCGUCGUGGACGGUGGGUAUGUGCUGGCAGCUGGAUCUGUUUAA